AUGGCGACGCAACCAGACCUCCAGCUGCCCAGCCAGCGGUUCCCGGCCCUGCGUCAUUCGAAGGGUCUCGACUGGCGAUCUUUCCAGGGCCCGGCCCGCGGGGGUCCCGCCGGUCCCGUCCGGCUGCCCAGCCUGGUUCCCUACGGCUGGGGUCCGCGUUCCUGUCCCCUGCCCAGCCCAGACGGCAGGGGCCUCGGCCUGCUCCACCCCAGGUCCAGGAGGGGCCUUCACCGCCUGCUCUGCCCCAAGUCCCGGAGGGGCCUUCACCGCCUGCUCUGCCCCAAGUCCCGGAGGGGCCUUCACGGCCUGCUCUGCCCCAAGUCCCGGAGGGGCCUUCACGGCCUGCCCUGCCCCAAGUCCCGGAGGGGCCUUCACGGCCUGCUCUGCCCCAAGUGCCGGAGGGGCCUUCACGGCCUGCUCUGCCCCAAGUGCCGGAGGGGCCUUCACGGCCUGCUCUGCCCCAAGUGCCGGAGGGGCCUUCACGGCCUGCUCUGCCCCAAGUCCCGGAGGGGCCUUCACGGCCUGCUCUGCCCCAAGUCCAGGAGGGGCCUUCACGGCCUGCUCUGCCCCAAGUGCCGGAGGGGCCUUCACGGCCUGCUCUGCCCCAAGUCCCGGAGGGGCCUUCACGGCCUGCUCUGCCCCAAGUCCAGGAGGGGCCUUCACGGCCUGCUCUGCCCCAAGUGCCGGAGGGGCCUUCACGGCCUGCUCUGCCCCAAGUCCCGGAGGGGCCUUCACGGCCUGCUCUGCCCCAAGUCCAGGAGGGGCCUUCACGGCCUGCUCUGCCCCAAGUCCAGGAGGGGCCACUGCCGCCUGCUAAACCAAGAUUUCGGGCUUUGCUUGCGCCUCGAGCCCCGGGGGGGCCCCCGGAGCCACCUCGAGCCCCAGGGGGGCCUCCGCAGCCGUCCAGAGCCCCGGAGAGGACACCUGCCUUGCCCCCUAGUGUUCGUGCUCCACCUGGCGUUCAUGCUCCCCUUGGUGUUCGUGCUUCCCCUAGUGUUCUCACGCCCCCCAGUGUCCGUUCUUCCCCUAGUGUUCUCGCUCCCCCUAGUGUUCACACCUUGCCCCCUGGCGUUCGUGCUUCCCCUGGCGUUCGUGCUCCCCCUGGCGUUCGUGCUUCCCCUAGUGUUCUCACGCCCCCCAGUGUCCGUUCUUCCCCUAGUGUUCUCGCUCCCCCUAGUGUUCACUCCUUGCCCCCUGGCGUUCGUGCUUCCCCUGGCGUUCGUGCUCCCCCUGGCGUUCGUGCUUCCCCUAAUGUUCUCACGCCCCCCAGUGUCUGUUUUCCCCCUAGUGUUCUCGCUCCCCCUAAUGUUCGCCCUCCCCCCAGUGUCCGUCCUCCCCCCAGAGUCCGCACUCCACCUAAUGUUCCCACGCCACCCAGUGUUCCCAACCGUGUGUCUGUGUGUUCCGUGGCCCCCGUGUCUAUUUGUCUGCCCGCCUGUUUGUCUGCCUGUCUGCCCACCUGUUUGUCAGCCAGUAUGUUGGCCUGUCUGUCUGCUCCCCAGGCCGUCAGCUCGACGGCCAAUGUGUUCUCCCGCCUGUCUGCCUGUCUGUCUGCGUGUCAAUCCGCAUGUUUCUUGUCUUGUCUGCCUAUUUGUCAGUCCUUGUGCCAGUUUUUUGGUUCCUCCCUCUCCUUCCCUGUCUGUCUGUCCCUUUGUGUGUCUGUCGGUGUCGCAGUAUGCCUCCCCGCCUGCUUGUCCCUUUGUUUGUCCUUUUAGGUCUCGUCGUGUCUGUGCCUAGUCCUGUGUGUGUGUGUGUUUUCAUGUAGGGUCGUGGUGUUGUCCGUUCCUGUCUAACGUCCAGUCCAGUGUUCUGUCUUGUCUCGUCUUGUUCCAGUCCGUGUUUCUGUCUAGUCACGCCCCAGUCCAGUCCUGUGCGUCUGCCUCGCCCCAGUCCAGUCCUGUGCGUCUGCCUCGCCCCAGUCUGAGUCCCUGUCCAGCCCUGAGUCCCUGUCCAGCCCAGUCCAGCCCUGAGUCCCUGUCCAGCCCAGUCCAGCCCUGAGUCCCUGUCCAGCCCAGUCCAGCCCUGAGUCCCUGUCCUGUCUAGUCCAGCCCUGAGUCCCUGUCCUGUCUAGUCCAGCCCUGAGUCCCUGUCCUGUCCAGUCUUGUUCCUGCCCCAGUCCUGUUCCUGCUCUGUGUCCAGUCCCUGUUCCUGUCAGAGUCCUGUUCCCUUGUUCUGUCCCUGUUCUUGUCUUGUCCAGUCCUAAGUCCUGUCUCCAGCCCCCACCCUCUGUUGACUCCCUCCCCGGGUCGGCCUCCUGGGACGUCAGGAGCCGUCCCUUGGGGGGGGGGGGGGGUACUGUCAUGUUCCGGUGUUCCUGUCUGCGUUUUCCCUGUUGGGCCGCACUUCUGUUUUGUGUCCUGUUCCCCCCUGUUAAUUGUAUUAUUGUUUGUCUCGUUAUUCCAUCAUUGUUCCCACCUGUGUCUUGUUAUCCCCUCCUUUUUUGGUUUGAUUGUUUUUUGAGUUCACCUGUGUCUUGUUACCCCUUGUCUAUUUUAGUUCUCUGUUCCCUUGACUCGGGUGCUGGUUCCUUGUGUUUGUUACCGAUGUAUGUUCAGACCAUUUAUACCUGCCUGCGUUUUUUUACCUGUUUGUGUUUGUUCCCACUUUUGUUUGUUUCAGACCGAAUAUACCUGCCUGUGUUUUGUUCCUGACUUGUGUUUUGUUCCUGACUUGUGUUUUGUUCCUGACUUGUGGUUUUGUUCCUGACUUGUGGUUUUGUUCCUGACUAGUGUUUUGUUCCUGACUUGUGGUUUUGUUCCUGACUUGUGGUUUUGUUCCUGACUUGUGGUUUUGUUCCUGACUUGUUGAUUUGCCCUUGUGUUCUGCCUGCCUGCGUUCUGCCCUGACCGUGUUCUUCCCUGCCCGUGUUCGAGUUCCUCUUGUUUUCUGUUUUAUUUAGAGAUUUUUUGAGUUUGUGUUUUUUCCCUUUGUGGCCUUGUCUGUUCCCUGCUUGUUUGCCUGUCUAUAGUAAAGUCUUUGUUC